UGUUCACAAUUGUGUGAUCUAUUCCUGAUUCAGCUAGUAUUCUGUGUACACUCUUAUAAAGAAACUUUCACUAUAUUACAUCACUCAUUUACUAACUUUUCUCAUUCUUCAAUCAUCUUCUUCAUUAUUAUUAUCAUUAAAUAUUAUCAUUCUAUUCAAGAUUUCUGCUUCUUCUUCUGUUCAGCAUCUUCUAUUCAUUUAUCUAUUACAUUAUACACAUUUCUGGUAAUGACUUCUUGUUCUCAUAAUAAGCAUCAUUGUAGUGCUCAUACCAGGCAGUUCAUUAGCAAAUCUUCAUAUGUUGACAGAUCUGCAUCUGCUGAUGAUCAUGAUCUCAAUGUUGAAUUAUUAAUUGAGAACUUGAAGAACGCGAUAAUGAAGGAAUUACUCAUAAUUACUUCUCUCUUCAACAGUGUUAAGAUUUUUAAUAUUAUAGAAAUAUCUACUCUGAUGAAUUUCUUCAGAAUAAUAGAUUUGUAUCAAUCUGUAUCAGUCUAUUCUCAAAAUACAGAUAUUAUACUCAUAAUACAGAUAAAAGAUAUCUGUGUUUUCAGAAAUAAAAACACAGAUAUUGUAUUCUUUUACACUCAUAGAUGUGAGACUUAUACAUCUUAUCUGAGAUAUUAUUAUGAGAAUGAGCUGUUUACAUGCUGUGUUCUGCUUUCUGCAUUUCUCUGUGUCUCUCUCUCUCUUUCUGAGAAGCCUUGUAUGUGUU